AGGUUCUGCUAGAAUAUUCCUUAUCCCAAACAAAGUUUUCUUAUUCUUAACGACCACAUACCACAAAUUUUGGCUCUGCACGCAAAAAUAUAUCAUCUUCAUAAUUGUUAUUUUUUGACUAAGUUUCAUUUUUGAAGAACGUUUUCCAAAAAUUGCCUCAACGACCACGAAGCGGCGACUAUUUCCCCUGCCGUUGGCGAAGACCAGUCUGUCUACGGCAGCGCAAAACAAACACCCCCUCCGCAAAAUGGUGGUCGCGUCAACCUUUAAGGAGAUUCCGGAGCGACCCUGCUUCCCGGAAGAGGAGGAGAAAGUGCUGAAAAAAUGGCGGGAAAUUAAGGCUUUCGCACAAUGCAUGGAGCAGAGCAAAGGUAUUAUUUUCAUUCACUCAGGUAGAAGUUGAGCGCCUGGUUAUGAUUGCCGGCCAGUUCUUCACACGCAGUACCCUCGAAGGACGAAGAGCAGAUGAAUCGACUUUAGUUUUGCGUUUCAUUGGAAAAAUUUACAACAAAUACUUACGCAACUGUUCUCAAACCGAUACUGCAGAUAAACCGGCCUACAUUUUCUACGAUGGACCCCCAUUCGCGACCGGGUUGCCGCACUACGGGCACAUCCUAGCGGGAACGAUAAAAGAUGUCGUCUGUAGGUAUCAGCACCAGAACGGAAAGCAGGUCUUGCGGCGAUGGGGCUGGGAUUGCCACGGGUACGGUUUCAUGAUGUUUGCGUGCAGCAUUAUCGAUGUGGAUUGACAUGAUCAUGAUUGUAGCUAGCGCAAUUUUGUGAGCGUCUGGUGCAAGAAUCUUGGAUAAAAUGAGAAUGACGGAUGAAUAAAAUCCUUUGAUUCCGACAAAACACAGACUUCCAGUAGAGAACGAGAUCGACAAGAAGUUGGGCAUCAAAGAACGUAAAGACGUUUACGACAUGGGGAUAGCAGCAUACAACGAGCAGUGCCGCAGCAUCGUACUGAACCUUUUUCAUCCGUUCUGGAUCACAUGACCUUCCAUGUUGCUUUGUCUGGUUAUGCACACAGAGCGCUUUUUCAUAGUUCGAUUUCCACAAUGAAUCGGACACGAAUGAUCACAAUACAAUCGUCGCUCUAAUAAACAGGUGCAACGGUACGCCCAGGACUGGAGAAAAACCGUGGAAAGAUACGGAAGGUGGAUUGAUAUGGACAACGAUUACAAAACGAUGGACGUAAACUUCAUGGAAUCCAUCUGGUGGGUCUUCAAGCAACUCUUCGAGAAAGGUACUUGGUAUUUUUGCAUGACUUCCCUUAGUACACGUACAUGGAAUUAUUUCCGGUCUUAAUAUGCUCCUGCACAAGGUAGGGGCAUGAGAACUGAAGAUUGUCAAAUGCAAAUCCUAUAGUCCACAAAAUAAAUCUCUCAACAGGUAUGGUCUACCGGGCGCUCCGCGUGAUGCCGUAUUCGUUCGCCUGCCAGACCUAUCAAGGGUAAAAAUGUAUGGGUCUGGAAACUUGUGAUGCUGAGUGGCGUAGCAUAAGGAGGCCACAAGUGCUGGCUUAGCAUGACGAAUUUCUGAGCUUGUAGGUGGUGCCUAUUCUGCAUGACAAACUGCGUCUCCGCAUGACAGAAAAAAACGUCUCUUGGGCAAUGUGCAUGACAGAUUUAAGAGUCAUGCCAGACAAGCAUGACAAACAUGCAUUCUUCCAGACCCAGACAUUUUUACAUUUGAUAAGACCGCCCUGUCCAAUUUCGAAGUGUCCCAGAACUACAAGGACGUGAAAGACUAUCCAAGAAAAAAACACGAUCACAAUCACUUUUGCACAUUUUUGCAAUACAAAAAUUUUUGUCAUGCGCAAAAAUGCAUCACAGUCAACACUUAUAGCCGAUUUCCCUUUGUGUUUUUGCAAUACAAGAAAAGUUUGUCAUGCGAGAAGAAUUUCUGAUGCAAAACCUCCCAAGUGUGACUGUGAUGGUGUUUUUUUCUUGGAUAAGGACCCCUCCGUCAUUGCGCGGUUCGAAGUUGUCGACCAGUAUCAACUGUAAAAAUGUCUGGGUCUGGAAGAUUCUGAAACAUAUCAUGCACGUUUUGCAUGAGCCAUGAUGUCUGUGAUGCAUACCCUAGCAAUAGAGAUUUUUUGAGGGCUUCUUGAUGCCUAUUCCGCAUGACAAAUGCCUUCUCAGCUUAGCAAAAAUUGCAUUCUGUUUGCUACUCAUGCAAUACAGAUUUUUUUGGCUUCCAAAUACAGCAUCACAAGUUGCAUUCUUCCAGACCCAGACAUUUUUGCAUUUCAUAACCAGGCGGACCUGACCAUUUUAGCGUGGACGACCACACCCUGGAUAUCAAAUGUAAAAAUGUCUGGGUCUGGAAGAUUCUGCGACUUGUCAUGCAUGUCUGACAUGACUCGAGAAUCUGUAAUGCGUGGGAACGAACCGGCUCUCCUAUCUGUCAUGCAAAAACGCAGUUUCUCAUGCGGAAUACGCAACACGUAGCCGCUCAAAAAUUUGUCAUGCUUGGCUGCGUAUUGCAGUCCGGCUAUCAUCCACUUUUAGCAUUACAACUUUCCAGACCCAGACAUUUUUGCAUUUGAUAGAGCAGCCGCAAAUGCAACUGGUCCCCAACCCGGAGAUUGUGGCGAGCGAAAUCCUAUCAACUGUAAAAAUGUCUGGGUCUGGAAGAUUGCGAGAUUUGUCAUGCUUGUCUGGCAUGGCUCUUAAAUCUGUCAUGCACGUUACCCAAGAGCUCCAUUUUUCUGUGAUGCAGAAACGCAGUUUGUCAUGCAGAAUAGGCAACACCUAGAAACUCAGAAACUUGUCAUGCUAAGCCAGCAUUUGUGGCCUCAUCAUGAGACGCCACCCAGCAUCACAAGUUUCCAGACCCAGACACUUUUGCAUUUGAUGAAUCCUGAUGCAUUUCGGCAACAUGCUGGAGGAAAGAGUGAGACGGUUGCACAUCCGCGACGCGUUAUUGUUGAACAGUUCCUGGCAGAACGAGUUCGUGCAGGAGUUGGGGAUGCAACUGCGGGUAAAAGGGGCGCAACUCUGGGGGUCGAUCGAACUCAUGCCGGGGGUCGAGAUGGACAUCGACCCGGAGCAAAGGAGGAAAAGGGACGAAAAAAUGAAAAACGACAACCUGUCCGGGCAACCACAAGACUCCGCCUUGUUGCAAGACCUCAUGGGCCGCGCGGCCAAGCAGUCGCAAACCGACAUUUCGUGCACGCGUGGGGAUAAACUACCCGCGGAAGCGCGAUAUCUCGCCACCGGAGAAAUCGGCGCGGACAACAUGGGGGACAUGGAGAAGGAGCAGAACUCCCCCCCCGCGAAGGUCUCGAUCUUGCAAUCUCGCGACAACCACACGAUCGUGCAGGUGGCGGGGGAUCGGACACAGUUGUUAGAAGUGGUCGGCAUGAGUCAGGACCGGCAUUUGCCCCGGGUCCCCGGGACGGAGCCGCACCGGACGCGACGGGACAUUGUCAUGGUGAUCCCGGACGAGACGAAAGUUAGUAAAACGAGGGAUUUGUUGGAAAUGUUUUCCUCGUUCUGCGACAUUGAGGACGCGUUGGACUUACUGGGCCCGGAGAAAGAUAACGAUGGGACGAUUCACGAGCAGAUGAAAAUCGUGAUGAUCCACAUGGACGAUAUCAUGACACUUGAUGAGGGUGGGAUUGUCGACAUUUUAUGCUGCACCGGAUUCCUAAAAGAUGCGGAGCAACUGCUCGUGAUGGAGCACGAGAUGGACCGGGAUGAUAGGCUUUUAGAGUGCCUCUGCCACAUGAUUGUCGACCCGGAACUCGGCGACGUGAUGGUGAUCGAGUCCGACCACUCCCGGGACGAAGUUGCGUUUUUGACCGAAAAGGACAAACACGCCCAGGACAUAUGAACUGCAAAAGCAUCGUACUCGUAUAAAUGCAUUACAAAUUCACCUAGCACUACAAACUGAAGCUGUAAUGCGGAUUUGCCUUGAUAAAAAGAUUUGUAAUGCAGAAACGCAAGUAGUACGAGUACGAUACUUUUGCAAUGCAUAGGACAAUUCCAUCGAUAACUUCUACAAGCCGAGUCGUUCUUCUGAUGUCUUCGGGGACGGGAAGUUAUGCAAAGCAAUUAUGCCUUCUGACUCAGAAAUUUGUAUUGCAAAAAGCAGCCUCUGGAAAGGAUAAGCAGAUGCACGGGUCGCAAGACAAAUUGAUUCAAGAUUUUGAUAGUGCGUCUUGGUCUCAGCGAAGGCAGCCUUGCAAAUUUCGCAUCAGAGGAGACAAUGCUGAAGUACUUCUUGCAUGACAAAAACUGGGUCGUGUGGGGGCAUAUUUGUAUUGCAUAAAAGCUAUCCGCACUGUACCAAGCGGCGGACGUGACCUACGUGCCCGACGCGAGCUUUCGUUUGAUCGAGCCGGAACGGAUGGCGCAGCUGCGGGGGGAGGAGCAGGAAAAUAUUGAAAACGCGAUGGAGUCGAUGGGAAUGUCCAAUGAGCAGAUUCUGGGCGCGGGUUUAACCGGCGCCGGGUUGAGCAAGUUGCAGUACAAAACGCCGUUGGAAGACACGGACAUCGCCCGGCAUUGUAAGGUCAUGAAGCCGACCACCUCCAACAAUGUGACGAACUUCAAGCUGUCCAAGGCUCUGCGGACCAAGGACAUGGCUUCCAAACCGGAUUUCCGCCUCGCCUCCGAGGGGAUCGCGGAGCACUGCAUCGCGGGAGUUCUUGGUGAGAAGUUCCAAACGCACGAAAGGCUUGCGGACUUACUAUCCCGGUCCGGCGCCGCGUCGGUUGUCGCGGCGGCCGAAGGUGCCGCGCAGGUGCAGGGGACGGACCCGAUGUUUCCGAAGGACGGUAUUGCCGAUGACAAACAGGUCACGCCCGACGCGAACAUUACCGUUUUGGAAGAAAUCGGUCGGUUCGCGGCACGACAAGCCCUGUACUCCGGCGCGAUUGACAAGGCGAAGGCCAAUCUGAACCUCCACACCGUCGCGGAGGCGCUGAUUAUUCACGCCCGGGUCGGGGCCAGCAAAUUUCUCGGCGGAACCGCGGAACACCUCCGGGCGCUCGGCGUCGCGGAUUUAUUGGAACACGAAACCGGCGUGGCGGUCAAGGCUUUGAUAUCAAAAGGAAAAAUCCCUUCUCCCCAUAUGAAAACGAAGUUUCUGAUGCUGGAUUUGAGUACACAAGUCAGAUUUGUCUUGCUGGACAGGACUGCAGAUGACCCAUAUCAAGCCUGAGUAGAGAGGCUUUAAUCUAGGCGCUUUUUAGCAUGAAAAACGUCCGUGCUGUAGCGCUUAACAGCAUGUUGACAAACCGCCUGCAUAAUGCAGCGGAGCCGGUGGAGUUGCCGUCUUGCAACACAGACACGAUUUGUGGUCACAUAUCAGCAACGCAAAUUUGCGAAAACCUACCGCGUCAAUAUGGGGAGGGGGGAUUUGUCAUUGCGAUAUUGGAUCGUCGCUCUCUUCGGCCGCGCGGCGCUGCAGGAGUUUAUGGGCAGUACCAUUGCAACCGCUUCUGAGGUAUGGAUUGUAAAAAUGUCUGGGUCUGGAAANGUUUCUCAUGCGGAAUACGCAACACGUAGCCGCUCAAAAAUUUGUCAUGCUUGGCUGCGUAUUGCAGUCCGGCUAUCAUCCACUUUUAGCAUUACGACUUUCCAGACCCAGACAUUUUUGCAUUUGAUACUGGACGCUGCCUUCCAACUUAGCGCUCUGCGUCCACCCGACGCACACGUAUUUCUACGUUGAGCUCCCCCCGAACGCGGAAACGAACAAAACCGAGACGAUCAUUGUCGGAAAGGAACGGUUUGAGUGGGUGUUGUCCGAAAUGAACAACUUCGGGUAUUUCGGGAAGACGAAGGUUGCUAAGGACAGCUGCAAAAUCGUGAAAACCGUCCCGGGAAAGGAGCUCGGCGGCCUCCGGUACAAGCCGCUCUUCGACUACGCGAGAACGAAAGUGAACCUGGACAAGGCCUGGUCCGUCUUCGUGGAUGAGUACGUGGGGACCGAGGCCGGUACCAUGAUCGUCCACCAGGCCCCGCAGCACGGUGACGACGAUUUCCGGGUCUGUGUGAACCACGGACUGAUCAACAAGCAGGGCGACGGCAUGCCCAUGUUCGUGAACGACGACGGCAAGUUCGUCGACGACGUGGUGGACUUCAAGGGGUUGAACGCGAAAGUAGAAGCCGACCCCCUGAUCAAAAAGAACCUGAAGGACCGCAAGCUGCUGGCCGCCUCGUCCCAAAUCGAGCACAGCUACCCGCACUGCUGGCGGUCGCAGACGCCGCUGAUCUACAAGGCCAUGCCCUCCUGGUUCGUGAAGGUGGAGGAGAUUCGGGAGAAGUUGAUCAAGAACAACGAGCAGACCCGGUGGGUGCCGACCUUCGUCCAGGAGAAGCGGUUCCACAACUGGCUCGCCGAGGCCCGGGACUGGUGCAUCUCCCGCAGCCGGUUCUGGGGCACCCCGAUCCCGCUGUGGGUGUCGGACGAUUUCGAAGAGGUGGUGUGUAUCGGGUCCGUCAAGGAGCUGGAGGAGUAUGCGGGGAGGAAAAUCACGGACAUCCACCGCCACUUCAUCGACGACAUCAAAAUUCCGUCCAAGAAGGGCAAGGGCAUGCUGAAGCGCAUCGAGGAAGUAUUCGACUGCUGGUUCGAAUCCGGGUCCAUGCCAUACGGACAGAUGCACUACCCCUUCGAAAACAAGGAACUGAUGGAGAACGGCGGGUUUCCGGCGCAAUUUAUCGCCGAAGGCUUGGAUCAGACGAGGGGAUGGUAUUUUUUGAUAGUACCUGAUUUUUAUUUGCGUGAUAGUUCUAAACGGCGCAACAUUAUGAAGAUCAUCUGGGCCUCCAUGAUGCGCACCCAUUUUCAAGAAAACCAAAUCAUGCUGCACCAUUGUUUCUGGUAUUCAACUUAGAUCUUUUUACACAUACAAUCAACAGGUUCUACACCUUGAUGGUUCUGUCCACCCAUUUGUUCGACAAACCGCCAUUUCUGAAUCUGAUCUGCAACGGUCUGAUCCUCGCCGAGGACGGGAAGAAGAUGUCCAAGUCCCUGAAAAACUACCCGGAUCCGCUCCUGAUGACGGAAAAAUACGGCGCCGACGCCGUCCGAAUGUACAUGUGCAACUCGCCCGCGGUCCGCGCGGAACCCUUGCGGUUCAAGGAGGCCCACGUGAAUGACGUGGUAUAUUGAGUUGCCAACCGAAGUUUAGUGUUUCUUCUGCUUUAUUUUGAUGCCCUCGCAUCAUCAGUACUCUCGAACAUCACUACGCCAGUAGUUUCUUUUACGUUCAGCCGUAAAGAUUUAAAUUUGACCGUUCUCAUGACUUUAUCCCAACAGGUGAAAGACAUCUUCCUGCCGUGGUACAACGCGUACCGCUUUUUGGUGAUGGAGUCCUACCGAUUAGAGGGUAAGACCGACAGCCCGUUCCAGCCCGAUUUCGCGCUCCUCGAGUCGACGAGGAAUCUCACCGACCGGUGGAUUCUCGCCGCGUGCAACAACCUGCUGCGCACGGUGGAGACGGAAAUGGACAAUUACAAACUCUACGCCGUCGUCCCGCUCCUCGCCGGGUUCUGGGAACAGCUGACCAACUGGUACAUCCGCCUGAACCGCCAGCGCAUGCGCGGAGAAAAUGGGCAGGAGGAAGCGAAAACGAGUUUGACCGUGUUGUACUCCGUGAUCCUCGACGUGACCAUUCUUUUCGCGCCCGUCACCCCCUUCAUCGCCGAUUUCAUCUACGAAAACCUGCAACGUGCGUUGCCGGAAAAUCAUCCGAAAAAGGCGGAGUGCGUGCACUUCGUGAUGCGGCCGCGGUUUAACCCCCGGUUGAUCAACGAGGAGAUCGAGAAGUCCGUGAAGCUGAUGCAGAAUCUGAUCGAGACCGCACGGCAACUGCGCGCGAGGAAAAAGAUCGGCGUGAAAACACCCUUGAAGUCCAUGCGGGUGAUCGUCGACGACGAGAAAGAGGGCGAUGUCGCGCAGCUGCUCGAACUCCAGGAGUACAUCAAGGACGAAGUGAACGUGAUGGAGCUCACGGUGCUACCGCAAAAAACCGCCACCGACGUGAAGGUCUCGCUCGUCGCCAAUCUGAAGACGAAAAAAGCCAGCACGCAGAAGAAGUGCAAGAAGGCGAAGAUAGAGAUGAAGGACGUGCAGGCGGUGCUGGAUACCUGGGGCGUGAAGGACAUCGAACAGUACCAGGCGAACAACGAACAGUGCGAAAUCCUGGGCUUGAUGUUUGACAAGAACGAUCUGGACAUCGCCAGGGAUAUCACCGUCGGCCAGGCGGGCGCAAAAGCAGACUUGGCUUUUGACUACGACGACAACAAGAACCUCGUCUUGUUGGACUUCACCCCGGAUCCAGAAUUGUUGCAGAUGGCGGCGGGCCGGGAGGUAGCCAACCACAUCCAGAAGCUGUGCAAGGAAGCAAACCUCCGACCGCACGACGUGGUUGACAUCUUCGGUGUCGCCCACGGACCGACACUAAAAUCCGCCCUGCUGGCGAAAAAUGAGUAUUUGUGUUUACGUUUAUUUCUGGCGUUAGGAUUUUGCAUAAAGUUAGGUUUACAACGCAGUUGUUUUUGCAGCUAAAAAAAUCGGACUAGUAGAGGAUCCUGCGUGGCUGGUUCACGAAGUGCAUUGUUGCUCUGCGCACUACUAUGGAUGAUGACGAUCGAUGUAUUAUCAAAAACCUUUUGCCAGGUACGUCGACAAAUUGCUGCGAAGGAAGCUUACCCUCCUGGAGUGUGCGCCGACGGAUCGCUUAGUUGUCGCAAAGGACUGCGUCGACCUGGAAGGAAGCAAGGCGAAGUUCGAAGCCUUCAUCUGCCCGCGAAAACCCAAGUUGACUAGCGGGUUCAAGGCAAAAAGUGAGGCGGACAAGGUUGCUUUGACCGCGGCACUCACCUCUUUCACGGCACAGCAAUACGCGGCGGAAGUUGCAAAAAACAGCGGAAAGUGCAAGGUGGUGGUUAGUGGCGAAGGUGGCGCUGUCGUGUCCUACGAACUGGUCGACGGCAAGGACGUAGUCUGCUGAAGGGCGUGUUAAGGGACGAAUGGAGAGAUCCGCUACUUAAAUCGCACAGUAGUUUUGCAAGGAAGACUUGUAGACAUGCUGGUGCUCCUUCUUCGAUAAUUAUAGGGUGCUUGAACCUAUUCGCGAAGAGAUGAGUACAUAUCGUAAAGUAGUCUCACCGUCGAUCUACAUGGAUUCUGAAAAGUGGUAGUCGAGCCAAGUCCUGGUCUUCAUGACCAGGUUGGAGCUAGCGAAAUGUUGUGAAUCAACAUCGUAAGUGCUGACUUCUUCUUCUGAGAAUACAUGUAGAGUACAACUUGUGUCAUUCAGGACCUGCGCACUGGAUUUCACGAAAAAAACCACUGGAGCUGGUAGCACUAGCUUCUGGCUGGUCCCUCUCCCGGAAUAGGCCUCUUUUCUCGCUGAAGUAGCAAGCACGUCUUACGUAGAAAACGAUUGUUCAAAAAGCU